CGGCACGAGUAAAGCACACACCACGCCUCUUAUCGCGCACUGUCUACUCAGAAGUCAGCCAUACUUCUCUUUUUUUGUUGCUUUCUGUUCCUUUUCUGUCUGUCUUUUGUUCUGGCUAUAAUUGCUGAAUCCGGGCAAAAGGAUGGCAGAGAUGGAGGGCCUCGAGUUUGGGAAGUCAGACUUUGUGCUUCUGGAUGAGGUGACCAUGGAUCAGUUUAUGGAGAAUCUCAAAUGGAGGUUUGAGAAGGGUCGGAUCUACACCUACAUCGGAGACGUGGUGGUCUCUGUGAACCCAUACAAACAGAUGGACAUCUACGGGAAAGAUGCAAUCGACGCAUACCGUGGUCGCGAGCUGUACGAAAAUCCGCCUCACCUCUACGCAGUAUCUGAUGCUGCCUAUAAGGCCAUGAAGAGACGAGCCAAAGACACUUGCAUUGUCAUAUCAGGUGAAAGUGGUGCAGGGAAAACAGAAGCCAGUAAAUACAUCAUGCAGUACAUUGCAGCCAUCACAAACCCAAGUCAGAGGGCAGAUGUUGAAAGCGUGAAGAACGUGCUGCUCAAGUCCAACUGUGUUCUGGAGGCUUUUGGGAAUGCCAAGACGAAUCGUAACGACAACUCCAGCCGCUUUGGCAAGUACAUGGACAUCAACUUCAAUUUCAAUGGUGAUCCCAUGGGGGGACACAUCAACAACUACCUGCUGGAGAAGUCCAGGGUGGUUCACCAGCAACAAGGGGAGAGGAACUUCCAUUCAUUUUACCAGUUUUUACGAGGAGGAUCUGCUGAAACUAUAGCCUCAUUUCACCUGCAAAAUGAGCCAAGUGUUUACGUGUACACUAAAGAGGGAGCUGCAGCCACUACCUGCAACAAUGAUCACUCAAGCCACAAAGCUGUUGUUCACGCGCUGGAAGUCAUUGGCUUCUCGAAAGAGGAAAUUCGGUCAAUUUAUCAAAUUCUAGCGUCCAUCCUGCAUCUUGGUAACAUCCAUUUUGGAAGUGAUGGUGAGAAUGUCGAAAUUUUGGACAUUGACGCUGUGAACCACAUCUCAGAGUUGACAGGCACAGAUGCGGACAGUGUUAUCAAGAGCUUGCUGUACCGCACUGUGGCCACCGGCGGUGGCGAGGUCAUUGAGAAGGGUCACACAGAAGAGGAGGCCUGCUUUGGGCGGGAUGCUUUUAGCAAGGCUCUCUAUGAGAGACUUUUUGGGUGGAUUGUAGGCCGCAUCAAUGGCAUCAUUGAGGUCAAAAACUACAACCCAACGCUUCAUGGGAAAAACACGGUCAUUGGGGUGCUGGAUAUCUAUGGAUUUGAGAUCUUUGACAACAAUAGUUUUGAGCAGUUUUGCAUCAACUACUGCAACGAGAAACUUCAACAACUUUUCAUCGAGCUGAUCCUCCAACAGGAACAAGGCGAAUAUAAUCGAGAGGGUAUCCAAUGGCAACAUAUUGACUACUUCAAUAACCAGAUCAUCGUAGACCUCGUGGAGCAGCAACACAAAGGGAUCAUCUCCAUUUUGGAUGAAGCUUGUCUCACUGUUGGUAGAGUGACAGAUACGGUGUGCCUGGACAGCAUGGACAUCAAAUUGGCGCAACAUCCUCACUACACCUCCCGUAAACUCACCCCUACAGACAAAACCAUGGACUUCCAGAAGCACUUCCGAAUCCGCCACUAUGCGGGAGAUGUCACAUAUUCUGUCGAGGGCUUUUUGGACAAAAACAGAGACCUGCUUUUCCAAGAUUUUAAGCGCCUCAUGUACCACAGCUCCAACCCAGUGAUGAGGGAGAUGUGGCCAGAUGGACAACUCAGCAUCACAGAGGUCACCAAGCGACCGCUUACAGCAGCCACCCUCUUUAAAAGCUCCAUUGUCGCGUUAGUGGAUAAACUGGCCUGCAAGGAGCCGUACUACGUGCGCUGCAUAAAGCCAAAUGAGAUGAAGUCCCCGUUAUUGUUUGAUGAUGCUCGCUGCCGACAUCAGGUGGCCUAUCUGGGCCUCCUGGAGAACGUCAUGGUCCGCAGGGCGGGUUUCGCCUACAGGCAGCCCUACGCUCGCUUCUUGCAGAGGUAUAAAAUGACAUGCGAGUACACUUGGCCAAACCACUUGAUGGAUUCUGACCGGGAGGCUGUGGAGGCCAUCGUCAAACAGCACGGUUUCCAGGACGACGUGGCGUACGGCCACACCAAGCUUUUUGUGCGAACGCCGCGGUCUCUCUUCACUUUGGAACAGGAGCGAGCCGCCCUCAUCCCCAUCCUGGUGCUUUUCCUACAAAAGGUGUGGCGGGGGGCUCUCGCUCGUAUGAAGUGCAGACGGAUGAAGGCCAUUUAUGCCAUCAUGGGCUGCUUUAAGCGUUUCAAGGUCAAGGGCCACUUCUGGGAAGUAGAGCAGCGGUUCGCUAAUGUCAGAAACAUGGCCGACUACGGAAAGAGCGUUACGUGGCCGACUCCGCCGGCCGCUCUCAACCAGUUUCACACCAUCACAGUCGUGCUUCAUCGCAGGUGGUGGGCGAGACAGAUGGUGAAGAAAAUCCCCCCGUCUGACGUCCUCGAGAUUCGAGCCAAAGUCUCUGCUCUGACUACUCUUGGUGGUGAGAGAAAAGACUGGGGCUGUAGAAGAGCCUGGGAAAGAGACUAUCUGGCCAAUGUGCGAGACUGGCCCCAAUCCAGUUCCGGCUUUACUCGCUUCUCCCGGGAGCUGAGGAACAAAGACCAGUACAGUCAAGUCCUCUUUUCGGGCUUCUGUAGGAAGGUAAAUAGGUUCAACAAAAGCAGUGACCGUGGCAUUCUCGUCACAGACAAGUGCUUCUACAAAUUAGAGCCAAAGAAACAGUACAAGGUCCUAAAGCGAAUUCCCUUGGAAACUCUAACAGGACUGAGCGUGACCAGUGGAGUUGACCAGAUGGUGACGCUGCACAUAUCCUUGCAGGAUGACAUUCUACUGUGCUUGCAAUGUGGGGAACUAUGUCCCGAACAGGACCGUGUCGGUGAGCUGGUGGGAACGUUGGUGGACCACUUCACACGUGUAAGAAAAACACCGCUAUCUGUGAAGGUGUGCCCGUCAGCCAUCCAGCUGCACAUGCGCGGCAAACCAAAGACAGUCACCGUGGAAACCAAGGAGGGCCAAACAAACGCUGAUUUCAAGAAGAGCAAAGAUGGUUUCGUUCUACUGCUCCCGGCCAAUUGAGCCAGUCAGUUCAUCCAGUCAACCGACCCGAACCGGUAUCACCUCUUGACUCGGAUACCCUUUGCAGUCCUUCUACAGUUGAACCAGGGUUCAAGUAUAAACAAAAACAGAUGUGGUUGUACGAUAGCACACGGUCAACAUGCUGGACUUUGCAUUGAAAAGUCAUUCAUGCCAAGUUUUCCGUGAAAAAAAUAGAAAAAUGUCAAAGAUGCAUGCACUUUUUUUGAAUGACCACACAGAUUUGAUAUCGGCCACCGUCAAUUCAUUGGAACUCUGAAUGCUUUCUUGGUCGCAUAAAUAAGUGUAAAGUUUUGAAGAAUAAAUUAUUCAAGAUUUUCUUUAAA